AUGGAUUCAUUUGCCUUUACAGAAAAUUUGAUUCCUCAGGGGCAACUUGAUGACCAACGUGAAUCGCCCGUCUCCAACAAAUUGACUGAAGAGACUAAUAAGUUUCAACGCGCCAUUGCAGCAUGGAGAGGAAUUGACUUGGCCAAUACCAUUGCGAAACUCGAUACAACCGCUACGGACCUCGUUGAACAACAGCGAGAUGCGCUCGUGCAGAGAAAGGACCUAGCGCAGAAGACUAAGGACUACAAAAAGCUAGAUGAUGAAUCUAAGCUUUUAGAAUAUAAGACAUUACUCAAGUCCUAUCAGUCUUUUAUUGAUCUUCUGACCAAUCAGGGCAAAACGUCCUCCUCCUCAUUCCUACAACUAUACUCCUCAUUAUCUGAAGCCCCGGAUCCCUACCCACUCCUCGAAGCUUCCGUUGACUCCCUUGUCUUGUCUGAAGAUACAGUCCCAAAAUUGACUUCGGAGCGGGAUCAAUUGCAGAAGUCUGUGGACCGUCUCACCAGGCAACAAGAUGAGACCGAGAAACGCCUACAGGAAGAACGCGCGGCGAGGAGAAAACUGGAAGAAAACCAAGAAUCAAGAGCGAAGGAGAUCGAGGCAUCGUGGGAAGCUGUCUUGACAGAAAAGACAAAUAACUGGGCGGCAAAAGAGAAGAGUUUAGAGGAAAAGGUAGAGAACCAGGAUCGGCUGAUCAAGGAACUCAAAGCGAGCCAUGAAGUCUCCCAGCGCCUAGGCGAGGGCGAGGCUCAUAAUGAUGAUCACGAUGGUUCACGAAGUGGUGCUACUGCAGCUGAGCUUGAACUUGUUUCCGCGGACCUGGAGAAGACAAGUUUGAGAUUGGCCGAUGUAGAAGCCCGCAAUGAACAAAUGCGGCUGGAGCUGGCUCAGGCUGCAUCACACUCAUCUGGCCCAAUUUCUGUUCAAGACGACCCUGAUUAUCUUCGACUUCAAUCAGAAAAUUCUUCCUUGCUGCGCAAGCUCGAUGCUGCGCGAUUUGACAAGGACUCUGAACGACACACCUGGGAAGCCAAACUGCUUCAGUCUGAGCGUACAGCAUCAAAAGCAACGGUGGAGAAGGAAGAGCUACGUGUGCGGUUGGCAAAGGUAGCGGACUACGAUGAAAUUCGUCGGGAGUUGGAGAUGAUCAGGUCGGUUGAGUUUGCUGGGGAUGACGAUGACAACGAUGGUGCUGCUGAGGGUGCUGCAGUUGAUGCCAACGGUGAUGGGGCCAAAUCUAAAGACAAGAACUCUCUGGAGCAGCUUCUUAUGGCGCGUAACAAGAAAUUGACGGAUGAUCUCACACUUCUUCGAGUGUCGCAUCGGGAUAUCCAAGGCCAGCUCGAAACAUUACGAGCCGAGCUUUCGGAUUCGAAGACAGAGCUGGACAAGUCGCGAAGCCUCUCCACUACUCUUGAAAAUGACCUCCUCCGCGUCCAAGAAGAGGCUACCAAUACAUUCCCGUCCGCGGCGAUGUCCGUUGCGGGAACUUAUACCUCCAGAUACCCUCACUCUUCCCGUCGAGGCGCAUCAUCUCCUACCUCAUCUAUCAUCUCUGGCUUUGACCAGAGCGCCGCUUCUGCAAACACCAUGGAAUCUAUCCGUGCAGGAGAAGCUGUCGGGGGUGGGUCCGGCCUCCUGCCUAUGAUUCAGGCCCAGCGAGACCGUUUCAAGAAAAAGAAUGCUGAGCUCGAAGAAGAAUUGUCCAAGCUAUAUGCCACUGUCAAGUCCCUUCGACAGGAGGUUGCAUCACUCCAGAAGGACAACUUGAGUCUCUAUGAAAAGACUCGCUAUGUUUCAACCUACAGUCGGGGUGGUCAGGGCGCAUCCACAUCAGCGUCAUCAUACGCAAACACCCCGAGCUCAACAUCUGUCUACACAUCGGCGGAUACACCUUCAGGUCUGUCCCUCGACCGAUACCAAAAUGCCUAUGAGGCUCGAAUCUCGCCGUUUGCUGCCUUCCGAGGCCGUGAAUCAACACGUGCAUAUAAACGCAUGAGUCUACCAGAGCGGAUCGUGUUCUCUCUCACUCGGGUCAUUCUUGCAAAUCGGACGAGUCGGAACCUAUUCGCUGGCUACUGUCUGGCACUCCACCUCCUACUUUUCGCUGUACUUUACAUGAUGAGCAGCACGGAGAUUGAGAAGCAUAGCGCUAUGGGCGCUAUCAGUAGCGCCGCGGCCGCAUACGGAAGCGGAGGGGCCACGGGAGGCGAAAGUCAGCUGCACGGUGAUGAGUGGCAGCAAGAAGGUUUUAAUUGA